AUGGAAAUGGAGAUGCCCUCGGCGGCGGCUCUAGCUGGCGCAAGGCUGCUGGGUGAGAUCGAAGAGACGAGUCUAGAUGAGAUACUGCAUGCCCUCCGCAUAGCGGUUAAUCCCGAUGCGCCAACAAAUAAAUCAAGGCACCCAAAGUCGUAUCCCGUUCCCGGCCUCGACGAUCUUGUCCAUCGCAACUUUCGUGCGACAAAGUCCGCGCCGUUGGCUGUGACCGGCCGCCAGCUACCGCUCGUCUACGCACUCGUCUCGACGCUUUUGUCACAUCCGCACAACAAGACGGUACUGAUCAUCGACACGGAGUAUCGCUUCGACGCAACUCGCCUCCUUUGUGACCCAGACGACCUGCGCCACGCCUACGUGCAUCGUCCAGCCCGCCGGAGCACCACCGCCAAUAGCCGCAGCGGCGGGAGCGGGAGCGGGAGCGGGAGCGGAGGCGGCGCCGGCAUCGGCGCGGAGCAAAUCCGGGAGCUCGUCGCCGCUGCUGAGAAUUGGAUGCUCUACGGCGGCCACCACAGCGGCGCCCGGGAAUGGUGGGGGACCAUCGUCAUCGGCGCCCUCGGGGCCGGGGACGUGACGGCCGCCUGGAAAGGAUGGCUGCGCGUCGACCGCGAAUACGUCUCGGGAUUUUCCCUCGGCUGCAGCGCGACGGAGGCUGUGAAGGACCGUCGGCAACGCCAGGAAGCCGUCGAUGCUGCGCCGUGGGCGGCCUCUUCGCAGUGGGGUAGUUUCACAUUCACAGAGUCUCACUCUAGCACUACGACGCCCGAGUCCAGGGAUCCGAGGGAUUCGAAGCGUGUUACUGGUACCGACCGAUAAGGGGAUGCGGAGGUUACAGAGGAGGGAACGAGAAGACGGAGAACGAGUAGCACCAUGUGGAGGCGGGGAUUGGGAGGAGUGUGCAUAUAGCAAACGAGCAGAACUGACACUUUUCCUUCUUUGAACACCUAUUCCGUACAUGUACUUCUUCCACUCUUCUCACUUCCCGAGGUCCAUAACUCGUGCGCCAACUCCUCCACUUGUUCCCCUCCCCUCCUCCAUCGUUGAUCAACAACCCGCGAAUCCAUUCUGCCCGUGAGGAAACCCACGUGUUGUGGGGUUUCUCCACAGCAGCAUGCGAGAUGCGAGGGGGAAAACUGGCGUCGGGUUACUCUUUC